GAACAGUAAUUAUGAAGAGUGGAGAAUUUUGGACCUUUCCUGCUUUAGGGGAAAAGAUUCUUUGGAUGGGAAGAGACCUUGAAAGGACCUGCAGCUUCAGUCAAUAUCCCACUUAAAUCAUCCCAGGUAGUAGAGAAGAAGAAACCUCACCAAUGACUCUGGAAUAAUAUGGAAGAAGAUGGAAAAAACCUUGUUUAAUGGGUUAAAAGAGUGGAGACUUCUAUAAGACAUGGAUAGAUGUAAACAUGUAGGGCGGUUGCGGCUGGCCCAAGACCACUCCAUCUUGAACCCUCAGAAGUGGUGCUGCAUGGAGUGCUCCACCACUGAGUCGGUGUGGGCUUGUCUGAAGUGCUCCCACGUGGCCUGCGGCCGGUACAUUGAGGAUCACGCUCUGAAACAUUUUGAAGAGACUGGACAUCCGCUAGCCAUGGAAGUCCGGGAUCUCUACGUGUUCUGUUACCUGUGCAAGGACUACGUGCUCAAUGAUAACCCGGAGGGGGACCUGAAGCUUCUCAGAAGUUCCCUCUUGGCAGUCAGGGGCCAGAAGCAGGACCAGCUGGUGAAACGUGGGCGGACGCUACGGUCCAUGGCUUCGGGCGAAGACCUGGUCCAGCUGCAGCGCGCUCCUCAGGGACAGCCGCAGAUGCUGACAGCUCUGUGGUACCGGCGCCAGCGCCUGCUGGCCAAGACGCUGCGGAUCUGGUUUGAGAAGAGCUCCCGGGGCCAGGCAAAGCUGGAGCAGCGGCGGCUGAAGGAGGCGCUGGAGCGCAAGAAGGAGGAGGCGCGGCAGCGGCGGCGUGAGGUGAAGCGGCGGCUGCUGGAAGAGUUGGCCAGCACCCCUCCGCGCAAGAGCGCGCGGCUGCUGCUGCACCCGCCCCGCGACGUGGCCAAGGCCAUGGCCGAGAGGCGGCCCACCACUCUCCCUACCUCAAGGAAAGCUCCAGGCAGCAGACUCAAGCAGCACCGCAAGCCGGCCAUGGCCCCGGGUGUCACGGGCCUGCGGAACCUGGGGAACACCUGCUACAUGAACUCCAUCCUCCAGGUCCUCAGCCACCUCCAGAAGUUCCGAGAAUGUUUUUUGAACCUUGACCCUUCCAAAACGGAACAACUGUUUUCCAAAGCGACCAAUGGGAAGGCUCAGCUAUCCAGUAAGCCGGCCAGUAGCUCGGCCACCGAGGUGUCGGCCAGGAGUGACAAGGCUGAGUCAUGUGACCGGGAGGGCCUCUGCUUGAACGGCGGGGCUUCCAUCAGCCGGAGCCUAGAACUCAUCCAGAACAAGGAGCCAAGCUCGAAGCACAUUUCCCUCUGUCACGAACUGCACACCCUCUUCCGAGUCAUGUGGUCGGGGAAGUGGGCCUUGGUCUCGCCCUUCGCCAUGCUUCAUUCGGUGUGGAGCCUGAUCCCUGCCUUCCGUGGCUACGACCAGCAGGAUGCGCAGGAAUUUCUCUGUGAGCUACUGCACAAAGUGCAGCAGGAACUUGAGUCCGAGGGGACCACGCAUCGGAUCCUUAUCCCCUUCUCCCAGAGGAAGCUCACCAAGCAGGUCUUAAAAGUGGUGAAUACAAUAUUUCAUGGGCAGCUACUCAGUCAGGUCACAUGUAUAGCAUGCAAUUACAAAUCCAAUACCAUUGAGCCCUUUUGGGAUCUGUCCCUGGAAUUCCCUGAACGCUACCACUGCAUAGAAAAGGGGUUUGUCCCUUUGAAUCAGACAGAGUGUCUGCUCACUGAGAUGCUGGCCAAGUUCACAGAGACAGAGGCCCUGGAAGGGAGAAUCUACGCUUGUGACCAGUGUAACAGCAAACGACGAAAAUCCAAUCCAAAACCCCUUGUUCUGAGUGAAGCUAGAAAGCAGUUAAUGAUCUACAGACUACCUCAGGUCCUCCGGCUGCACCUAAAAAGAUUCAGGUGGUCUGGCCGUAAUCAUCGAGAGAAGAUUGGGGUCCAUGUCGUCUUUGACCAGGUAUUAACCAUGGAACCUUACUGCUGCAGGGACAUGCUCUCCUCUCUUGACAAAGAGACCUUUGCCUAUGAUCUCUCCGCAGUGGUCAUGCACCACGGGAAAGGGUUUGGCUCAGGACACUACACAGCCUAUUGCUACAACACAGAGGGAGGUUUUUGGGUCCACUGCAAUGACUCAAAGCUGAAUGUAUGCAGUGUCGAGGAAGUGUGCAAAACCCAGGCCUACAUCCUUUUUUACACUCAAAGAACAGUGCAGGGCAAUGCAAGAAUCUCAGAAACCCAACUCCAAGCUCAGGUGCAGCCCAGCAACAACGAUGAGGGCAAACCACGGACAUUCCCCUGAGUGGGAGGCAUGUAUCAAGGACUGGCUUGUUUUUAAACUAUUGGUGUUCACACAUCUUUACUCUUGUAGGAAUAAGGCUGACUGCAGGAACAGAGUACUAGGUUUGGCUCACUGGGUCAGAGUAGAAGGUGCCAGGUGACUUUUGCCCUAUUGUAAAAUUCAUAGUCACUUUCUUUUUGAAUGGAUUUGGAAAUCCUCUCCUUUCAUAAAACAAAUCAAAAGGAGUAACUUCUAUGAAGAUUCUGAAUAUAGAGGGACCUGGGUGGAGAGGAAAGAGGGUGUAAAUAGGUGUUACUCUGCCAGGAGAGAAGCCAUGUUUUCUCUCUAUUAUGUGACUCCCCUGCUAAUCAGGGGCCUCCUGGCAGCACCAGAAGAACCCUCUCGAUGUGAGCAGCCCUGGACAGAGCACAUGAGGAGGGGCCCUGGGCUGGCAGCAUGUUGGAUAGGAUUGGUUCAGUAGGAAGAGGUGAAGUCUAAGGAUUUAUUCCCACAGAGGAAUAUUUUCUAUUCCUAUUUCUCAAGGGUUGAAAACUUGCAAGCUUCCUUUUUAAAGCGAUAACAGUCAAAGAGUGGAGUGAGAUACAUGGAGCAAAUUUCCCCAUGCAAAAUGGGAGGUUUUUCAAGUGCCAUGCCCUCCCUGGCUGCUGCUGUCAUUUAAUCAUUCCAUACUUCUAAGACUAGUAUGAACAUCCCUUCAUUCUAAAGGGGCAGUUCAUAUGGGGAAGCAACAGACUAGUGUAUGUUAUUUGUUGCAUGCUGGGCCAGCGGGCACUCCUGGCACCUAUCCUGGUUCUGAAACAAAUCCCUGGUUCAGGUCUAGGCCAAGUACAUGGUUUGGUUUAAAUUGGGUCAGUUGGGUGUGGGCAUGGAUAGCUGACAGUCCAGGGCUUAUCUGGCUGCCCGUCACCAUUGUCACCAUAGGGUAGCCUGCAGCUUCUUUCCUGUAUCUGGAGAGCUAGAACAUUUGUGUUCAUCACCAGGCUUGGGAGCUUUUGCUUUCCUUGGGCAUGGGAAUUACUUAGGAAUCUGUCCCCUACAUGUCCUAAUAGUUUAUUGCUGAUCGUCCUGACCUGUUUCCUCCCAAGUCUGAUAAUCUGUUUCUCACCCACACUCAGAGAAAAAAAAUCCAAGACAAAAGCAAGAGUGCUAUGUCCUUUACCCCAGUGCCAGUAAAAUAUCUUUUUCAAUUGGAUCAGUUUCUCAAUGGAAUGAAAUUGCCCAGGUGGAAACCCUCCUUCCCAUCAGGCACCUUCACAAUCCUUCGCUUAGACUCACCAGUGAAAGUGGGACGGCAAACCGUAACUCUCAUUGUGGUGGUUGCUGCAGUGAGUCUCAGCCUGUCACUAUGAAUGCUCAUCUUAUGACUGAGUGUAUCAUAAUAUUUGAAUUCAGGUAGAAGUACAGUUGUCACUUGAAAAGGGAGUAGAUGUGGAAGGGAGUUUGGGGAGGGGAGGGAAGUGGGGAAAGAGAGGCUAAAGAAUGAGGGUGGUAGUAGCUUUAGCGAUGUUGAUGAGCCACAUUUCCUGAGCAGAUCUGUAGCAUUUGCUGUUGACCUCUUUUGAUAUGAACUUUCCCAUAGGACCUGCCAGACAGCACUGAGACAUGGAGAAAAUUCAGACAGAAAAUGGCUCACCUUGAUAGGGAAAGGGGAGUGACUGUGUUUUAAAUUAAACUUGCUUUACCCAACACUGUGAGGUUUCUGUAAUAUUUAGCUUUUAUUUGGAAGCGAUAGCGUAUGGCAUUUUUUAUGCUGUUUGGUUUAUAUUGUCUACUGCAGGCUUCUUUGUACAAGCUUUGCCCCGGGCUCAUCGUCUCCUGGACACUGUUUUAAAGUGUCACAGCCGCCCAUACUGCCAGAGGCUCUGUUGUGAAGUUAUAAUCUCUAGAUCUACAUUUUAAGUCAGCAUGACUGGUGAUGACUUUUUGUGGUGAUAGAAAAGCCCAUUAACUAAAAAACAUGAGAGUAAAAAGGAAAGGAAAAUAUAAAUCGUGCCUCAUCUUUCAUUGAAUUCUAUAUUUAUUAUUCUAGAAAAAGAGAACUUAGGAGAUGGAGAAGAACUAAUAGAGCAUCUACUUCAUCCCUCAGGCUGUCCAGGGGGAAGUUAUUAAUAAAAAUAAACAUUUAAUGGAAAAUUAAAAGAUCUUCAAAUUUAAUUUUUAAAAAUAGUUUUAUAUCAAAUGUUAUAAGGAUUAUUAAGCAGAUUAAGGACUGUGUCAAACAAGUACUUAACUUAGCUAAGCACCCGUAUAUCAAAUUAAUAAAAUCAUUUAAAAUGAGUUGGAAUAGAAACCAAUAUCAGAGUCCCCACUGAGUCCCACACUCGUGAAGGUACCCACAGCAGUCACAGACACUUCUGGUACCCAGAGGCAGCAGCACUAGAUGCUGUUGAGAAGUUGGUAUAUGAGGGAGUUUUUAUUAAAGCAUUCCCUGCUGCAUAAGACAGUGGCUGUUGUGAGGGAAAUAUCCCUUUGCCUUUCAUUUAUUUACAUCUUGGAAGUAGACGAGUUUCUCAGUUGCAUCUUACUUUAAAUCGAAACAUUCUAAAGGGAAGAAAAUAAGAUACAAGUAGAAAUUUACUAGAUGCUGCCAAAUCAAACCCACCAUCUCCAAACAGGAACUUUCCAGGCCUGCUUCCCUCCCCGGGCAAAUAGUUCAUGAAUUCUGUUCCAGGAACCCUUUGUAGAUGGCUGGCAUGUUUACUUUCUGCUGUAGCCAGCCUAGAUGAAUGCACCUUGGCCCUAAAAAAUUAGAAUUUUACCUCAAUCUAGCUGACCCUCAUACUUGUGGUUCCCUCUGAGUGUAAAAAAAAAAAAAAA